CUGAUUCAAAGAAACGUAAGACUGAGGAUGAAGGGGACCAACUAACUGGUUUUGUCACUUGGUCAUCGCACUCCAUUGUCAUGUUUUACCUCUCUACUUUCUCUCUCUAUAAGGGAGAGAGAGAGAUAGAACCCUAUCCCCCCUUCUUCAUCUUGCUCCACUAUGCCAGUGCCUCCCAAACCUAUCAACACCUUCACCAUCACAAUCAUGCUUGCCUUCACCUUCAUCCUACUCUUCUUCUCCGGUUUCCUCCGCUUCCCAUCCGUUUCGCCCUUCCCGCGACCCAUCGACCGCCCCAUGAUUAUAGGGACCGGAACCGCCGCAGAACCCUUCACCGAUCUGGUGGGUGCCGUCAGGAAAUGGGACUCGCAAGUGGGUUGUGCUCGGUUCAAGGAGAAAACAAAUGGGGUGGGCUUCAAUCAGUCAAAGGUUGCUUCUUUGGAAGAGGUUGGGGGUGAUUCGGCUUGUGGGGGCUUCACGAUGAACCAUGUUAGCGUUUUGGUCAAAGGGUGGACUUGGAUUCCUGAUAAUUUGGAUAACUUGUACACUUGUCGAUGUGGGUUGAGCUGUUUGUGGACCAAAUCGCCGGUUCUUGCCGACAAGCCUGAUGCUUUGUUGUUUGAAACAUCUACGCCUCCGAAUCAGGUUUGUCUAGAAAUUUGAAAUGUGUUGUGUUUGGAAAGGACAUGAAUGAUUGAAUGGUGUCUCUGCUGUGGCAGGGUUGUCAAGGACCU